GCGCCACCUGUUCACGAUGGAACAUUAGAAUAUUGAUAUUUUCCUUCCUCACACACAUACGUGUAUAUAUUGCAGUAUAUUUAAAAAAAGCAUUUUGUAUAUUUCUCGUACAUGCACAGAUAAUGUUUCUCUACACGUUUUAUACUCUUUCUCAUUUCACAUUUGAAUUACAUUAGUGUUUUUCUAUCUCCAUAUCUCUUCGGUUAUGUGGGUUUUGUUUUAAAAUGUAUAUGUUUACGGAAGUUGCUACAUUGUUCCGAUAAGAAGUGAGAAAAGCUGUUUGUAUUAUUAUUCGCAAGGGAACGUUUCUUCUUAAAAAAAAACGCUUUGUUGUUUCUCUCUUUCGAAGAAAUUGCAUAACAUUGUUGUAACUUCAGAUGGAUGAGGAACAAACAGAAAAUACAAUCUCCAUGGAUUGUUCAGACAAUGUUGCUAUACCUGCAAUGACAGCUAAUUUAGAAACUCUCACCAUAGAGACUAACUCUCUACCUACAGAUUCUAAAAGACUCCUUAGGAAAAGAAAACCUAGAGAACUUUCUAUCACAAUUCGCAAUCGAAGAUGUAGUCUCAAACCAAAACAGAGAAUGUCCUCUAAGACUGAUGAAGAGAUCAUUAAGGAUUAUUACUUGGAUAAAAAUAUAAAAAGAAAAGCAAAUGCUCUUGAAACAAUAUAUGAAGAGAGUGAUAAUAUAGAUGAUGAUAAUCUGAUCAAUAUGAGUACCAAGAGAUUUAAGAGAAUGUUAAUGUUCCCAAGAGAAGUCACAGCUUCUAAACUAAAAAAGAGACAUGCUAGAGUACGCAAGGUCUUUGGAUCCAAGAUUAAGUAUAAGAGGUGCGGUAACAUGCAGACUCUAGUAGAUAAAUUAAGUACCAUUAGAGAAAAUUCACCAAUGAAAAUUGACAGUGAACUCAAAUGAUGAGUUUCACUAUGUUGCAUUUGUAUUUUGAAAACCAAUGAUAUACUUCAUAGCUGCUAAAUGAAAUGUUUGUAUCAUGUAAUGCAUGUGUAAGUUGGUU